ACACUUAUUCAGAGUUGCGAAACACACGGCCCAAAACAGGAGGAAGAUGAACAGUAUUGGCGAAAAUUGUACACAGCUAAAAAAGGACUACGACGCUUGUUUCAACAACUGGUUCUCGGAUCGAUUCCUGAAGGGCGAUAUGGACGAUUCGCUGUGUGCUCCGCUGUUCAAAGUUUAUCAACAGUGCGUAAAGGAUGCCAUGAAGCAACACCAUAUCGAGUUUAAGGAAAUCGAAAAUGAUCACCUCGGAACAAGUGAGGAAGAAAAGAAACCUCCACCAAAGGGGAGCUGAAAACGUUACGCUAUCACUGCCAAAGCUUAUUAUUCGCAUCGUGUAGACUGCUAGUCCAAUAAGCAAGAAAAAGUUCAAUGUUAGUCGUUCGAUUUUACCAUUAACGCCACCGAAGAUGGUGCUUAUAGUUUAGUGUGGUCACCAUCAUUCCUUUGGUUUGAUUAGUAUGGUGGGAAGGAUAUCCUAGCCCUCUACGUGUUCUCUCGCCUUUAGUAUAA